CGAGAAACUGGAUUCACGGAUGUUGUGUUCAUGACGAGAACAUAACAGAAAUCACUUUUCAAAACACCAUUAUUUCGUCAGGCUAUACAGAAAGUAGCGGUCGGAUUUGUUUGAAGUACUUUAUAGUUUGUCAGGAUGUGUAAAGUAAUCUCGAGUACAAUUUUAGUACUGUUCAACAUCCCACUUGUGAUUAUUGGUUUAGGACUUGUGGUUUUUGGUGCUUUAAUACGAUGGAAUGAAAAACUUUUGGUUGAACGAAUUACUCCUACGAUUAUCGAAGAGAUAGAUGAUGAGAAUGCACGUGAAGCUGCUCAAAAAUUAGUAGAAGAAAGAAUAACGUUAUUUGCUUCUUAUGGUUUGGCAAUUUUCUUGUUCGGUCUCUUCAUUUGCGUAUUGUCGCUCUGUGGAAUAUGUGGAGUAUGCUGCAAGAGUAAAAUCUUACUUGGAUUAUAUGCAGCAUUUCUUCUAGUCAUAUUUUUGGCGCUGCUUGUGUUCACUAUUGUAUUUGGAACACGUAAACACUGGUUCCGUGAUGAGCUGGGUAUAAGUUAUAGAAGAUCAAUUACUAGUGAUUAUCAUAUGGACAAUAAUUUUCCACCAAACACCGGUUUUACUGUAUUUGUUAAUGAAAUUCAACGAAAGCAUAAAUGCUGUGGUUCUUUUGACUAUCGUGACUUCCAAGAUAAUGAAUCAUUCAAACGACAAAAUUAUGGUUGUUUCCUUGAUAUACCGCGUAUAACUUGAGGACUAGAACGCCAGAACUCUUCCAAGUCUCAAUGAGAAGACAGAAGACUAGUAAAAGAAAUAUUGUUCCAGACAGUGUCAAUUAUAGUACAAAAUUGUCAGGUAUUUAUAGUUUUUAGUAAGAACGAAAUCAUCGUUACGGUCCUCCAAUCCAUAUACAGGAAGCUAUUAGCAUUGUCCAAUCGGGAAGCUACACACAGGGAUUCUAGAACAUUCUUCCGAAAGGUGAUUGGAUGGAUAUCUUCGGCUCCUUCUGAGCUUCUUACAGCUUUCUCGAGUUCACCCGUGGUCCGUCCUCACAUCUCUGCAAUCUGAUACAUUUUUGGAUCAGAAAUUACGUUCAUGCUCUUAUAAUAUAAGGUCCUCAUCGAUAAUGUAUGUAGGUGGUUUUAAAUAUAGAUCUAACAACUAAUUCAAAGAAUACUGUUAAAAAUGCUCUAUCUAAUAUUAAUCUGAUUGUAAACCCAAACUGUAGCAAAGCGUAAUAUGAGUCGGUAGUCUUUCUUCAUCUAACGACAUUGAAUUUUAUCUAUUUGAAUAAUUUUAGGGUGUUAUACGUGAAGUUUAUCACGAAAUGUAACUUUAAUUAAGGCUGUCUUCACCAAGUGGAGUAAUUUGAAAUUAAUCUUAAGGGUAACUUUAAGAAAGUGAUACCACAGAGAUGCCCAGAAAACUGUAAUUUAUAUUUUAUGUCAUUUUGAAGGUUUUAUGUUUUUUGAGUUAAAUAGUUGUGAAGCUUUCGUUGUCUUUCUAAACAAAAUCAUCAACACAUAUCUUUGAAAUAAUUGAAAUACCUCUAAUAACUGAAUCAACUUUAUACAUGGUAAGUUAUUAAAUAUGAUGAGGAAACAAUCAUGUGGUCUGUUUCUUUUUUAUGUAUUUUCUAACAUAGAAUCAGUAUUCUAAAAUACUGUUAAAUUAUAAAGAAAUAAACUACUUUACAACUAGAAAUAGUUAAGUUGAAAUUAAUCUUAACUUAAUGAACUUUGAACAGAUUCAUUCGGAUAACUGAUGGAUUAUCAAAAUGUACAUUUAAGACUAUUCGGAAUUCGAAGAGUGCUCUGAGUAGUCUAAUACUUUACGAAUGAAUGUAUGCUUGAGGAAUACAAAUGAUUGAGUAGCAUUAAUAAAAAGAGAUUCAAAAAAUUGUUAACACACAUAUUACUGAGGAGCUUACUAGUCGGUAGUAAAAUCAAGUAUUAAUAUCGAACUUUAUCAAUCAAUCAAUCAAUCAAUCA